CCUCAAAAACCAAACAAACACUUUUUCUUUUAAUUACAAAACAUCUAAAUGGGUACUUUCAAAUCUUUACCUAAUGAAGUCUUGGAAAUUAUUUUGUCUUAUGCUGGAGAACAUAUAAAUAAGAGUCAAAGGAUGGCUGUAAAUAGGAAUUGGUACAAUAUAUAUUUAUCACUCGUCUACACUGCCCCCGUCAUUGAUUUGGACUCUGAACCCUUCGAAUUUUAUGAUAUCACGGAAUCCCCGUUUCAUCCAGGGCAGUACACAACGUCCAUUACUUUUCGAUCUUUUAGCGCAGAGCCAGAAUGCACCCAAAGCAAGCUUUAUCGUUUAAUGAUGCAUACGCCCCACGUUAAGGAAGUCAAAUUCGACAAGAUUAAAAAAGUUAAAGCGCAAGGCUGGGAGUAUUUUUAUAAAGUGCUCAAAACUGCAAACGCCUGGAAAUUGCAUUGCUUACCAGAUGAUUGGAAAUUAAAAUCUUUGAAUGGUAACACGGCCGACAGGACAUUGAUUUAUUCGACUUACUUGAAAUGUGCGCAAUAUUUGAAGCAUUCAAUUAAUUCUCUCCGUUUAAUGAAGCAAAUGAUGCCAACGAAUAUGGAUCUCAGUUUUUUAAAUGUAUUAACCGCGUUGCAAUCCUUAAAUAUCACUAAGGGUUUUCUUGAAAGCGUAUACGACCUGGAUCUUUUGCUUCAACACGUCCCCAUGCUGGAGGAGCUCGAGGUGGAUUUUAAAAAGACAAGCUUCAUUUCAGAUCAUGACAACGGUGAAAUAAUCCUGACUAGAGAGUAUCCGAGUAUAAAGAAGCUUAGUUUUUAUUCCUUUGUCUUUCAAACAGACCAGCAAGCAUGCAUAUUCUAUACAAAUUUCACAGGCCUUAAAAAACUACACAUUGAAGGCAUUCAAAAUGAGCUCACACUAAAACCAGAAACAGCAAAGAAGUUUUUCAAAAUGCUUUUGUCACUUUUGGAUUACAAUUUUGGGCUUCGUGGAACUUUUAUUGGCAGGUUUGAUUUCAUCAAUAACAACAGUCCACAAGAAACGCACGCUUCCGUAUAUAAUCAUAAAAAGAAUACUGAUGCGGUCGAUAUCCAAAAAUCAGAAGACUUUCCCGAUGGGAUGAUAAAUUAUUAUUUUACAGAUGAUCGUGCUGUUGCUACGCAUGUUUUGCCAAGAUUGGGUCCGGAUAUACAGCUAAUCAAACUCAAUAAUGUGGAUGAUAAAAAUAUUCAAUACUAUCUGGAAGUUAUUUUCAGUAACAAGCACAAAAACCUGCACACUAUUGUUUUCUAUAGUCUCGCGUUCGGGCAAUUUUCCAAGGCUGAUUUACUCUUCACAAGUGGCAUCCAAACUAUAGUGUUUCGUUUUUGUGAACUUUCCACAUAUGCUUUGAAAGAGUUAUCAUUGAACUUUACAAAUUUAAAGAUCGUUAAUUUUGAACAUUCUGAAUCCCAUGAAUCUUUUGAAAAUUGGUGGAAAAAUAUAAUCCUGCCAAACACAGAUAUUCAACAACUCUCGGUAACAUGUACUACACCCCAAUAUUACCUCCUUCGAUACGUUCCUCCCGAAAUUCGGGAUCCACCGAUACUUGCUUUCGUUUCAAUCACAUUGACAGAUGAAGGUGUUACAAGAUACUAUUAUACAAGAGGUGAAAGGAUACCCGAGAUUGUGGAAACAACAGAAAAACAUUUUAAUCAGAUCGCAAGAAGAGAUUUACGCGGUUUUAUUGAUAUUACUGCAAUUGUAAUUAUCCACGUCAAAUCGAUCCGAGAACUUACCUUAAAAUUGAAUAAUGAUCCAUCAAGCGAUAUUGUAAUGGUUUUUAAACCUUUAAAAAAGCUUUUAACAGUAUUUUAG